CAAAACUAAACUCGGUUGUCAGAAAACGAUUCGGACGGAGAAAUUCCGGAGGCAGGGCACUACGCUAAUCUUAUGAACUGCGACCCUCCACAAGUAGAUCGCGAACGAUUGCUCGCAGACGUGCGGCUGCGUAAUCCGGUUGGAACGGAUUCACAAAACCAAAACGGCGAUUCCGAAAACGAAAGCGUUGAGGACCGACUGCGCAAUGUUAAGAACCUUAUUCAAGGAAACAUUGACGCACUUGACUAUCUCCGUGGCAUUUCCAGCCUGGAAAAGUGUUUCUCGAAUCUGGUCGAGGAGGUUAUUCGAACGGCUGUUGUUCUAAGCCAAGCGAACGGUGUUUCCUAUCCUCAGCAUGUUUACGACCCGAGUAUGGAAGGAAAGGUUGACCGGUGCUGGACGUACAUCAGGCAGUUAACAGACGUGGUGCACUGGCACGUGACGCAGGCGAUUCGCUAUCACAAGUUUUAUCACGAUAUCAAGACGUCACAAAUGGAAUUGGCCCAGUUCGCUAAAGUUUCUGUAACGACCAUGAGCCAGAUGGAAGCGCUUGAUUUGAACGACUUAGACCAACUGGCACACGUAAACAAAGCGAUUCAGGAACAGCAGGUAAACUUGAUCAAGUUGGAAGCUACCGUACGGCAGCUGUCACUGCAGGCUAGAACAGUGGCACCAUUGCAAUAUCGCCAUCCUCUUCCAAAUGGGCGACAUUCCGCUGAAGUGUUGGCUUCAAUGCGUUUGCCAGAUGGUACAUGGUUACAUCGAGGUGAUCCCGUCAAAGCGUGGGUUAGCAAUGCCAUGGCGUCAGAGCUGCAUCGUGAAUGGCAGGCGGAAACGAUAGAUGGCAAUCAAACGGCUACUCUACCGUCGUUAUGUCUUUGGCUGACGUCACCUUGUUCCACUCCUGAAUCCAGCCUGCGCGACCCUGAAACUACAGCAGCAUCAAGUGAAGUAAAAGGUGCCAUUACUUCAAGGCAGCCAGAGACUAGCAAAAUUAUCAGCGGAUCUUCCCAGGGAGGAAUCACAAGCGCCAAAGCUCUCGCCCAUUUAGUUCAGAAUGAUUUGCUCAGCCACUGGAUGGACAUGGUCAACGAGUUUGCCCGACUGUUGUUGCCGGUGUACAAGAAGUUUAUCGUUUCGCUGUCGAACAUUAAAGGUGAUUUAUCCGUUACGAAUAUGGAGGAGACCACUGCGUUCUUCGAACAGCUAAAGCCACUCAUACAGUACGGCGAGCCAAGUGAACUGGAACUGCUUGAUAAGCUUACUCACAUAAAAUUACGCACCUCAAGCGUUACGAUGGUCGACCAGUCUCCUCAGGUGGCGUCAUAA